AUGUUAUCGACAGCACUACAAUUGGAAACCAUUAUUCAAUCAAUGGGCGUAUUGAAUGGGAGCUUCAAAGACGCAUCUCAGCCAGAAAAAAAAAGUUUCAGCAAUGGAUUCUUGCACCUUCAACCCUUUUACCUCGAUCGGCACGAGCCUAGUACAAGUAGUAGCAGUAUGGGAGUUCAGCAACGACAUAGGCCAGGGCACCUUCACCAAAGCAACAAACCAUUCAAAUCGCGCCAUGCGUCAAAGAGUUCGCUCAAGGAGAAGUCCAAAGGCAAAGUGAAUCGCUCUGCUGUCAAACAAGGAGGAGGCAAGGUGCUCAACAAGAACGAUCGUCGCCAUGCUGCCAAAAUGGAACAACAGAGGAAACGAGAAGAAUUGACUCGAGUGAAUCGUAUCUUCGAAGGUCGUCAUGGUGCACCCAAGAUCAUUCCUGUACUUGCACUCUCGCCUGACACCGACGUUCAUGUUGCUAUUGCUUCCUUGUAUCGCUCCAUCGGCCAGGAACCACCAGAGAACGAAUACGAGUCUUCCAUCAUGCAUGUCGAUCGCUUCAAACAAAAGAUCCAAUUCGUUCCCUUGCGCCGUAACUUUGUGGACGUCCUGGAUGCCUUCAAGGUUGCCGAUAUGGGCAUCAUUCUCUUGUCAGCUACUGUGGAAGUGGAUCAAUUUGGUAUCAAUUGUUUACUUGGUAUCCUCAAUCAAGGUCAAGUCAACGUCGCACCCGUGGUUCAGCAUUUGGAUAAGGUGGCUCCCAAGUUACAACCAGCCGUCAAAAAGUCUUUGGUCGCAUUCAAUCAACAAUUCUUCCCCACUGAGGAACAUUUGUUUACACUCGACAAUGAAUCAGAUACCAUCAAUGUCAUUCGCUAUAUCACAUCCCAACGACCUAAGCCUCUCGCUUGGCGUGAUCUUCAUCCUUACAUGCUUGCCGAACAAGUAGAGUAUGCUCCAUACAAUGAGGAAAAGGGCACUUUAAAGGUCACUGGUUAUGCUCGUGGUAAUCCAUUCAACGCCAAUCGCUUGGUUCAUUUGCAAAACUUUGGUGACUUCCAGAUCGAGCAGAUCACUUCAGCACAUGUCGGCAAUGAACAAUCGAAUGGCAUGGAUGAGGAUGAUCAAGUACUUGACACACCCAAUCCGGAAGAACAAGAUGAUCUUCUUGCCGAGAAUGAACCCGAUUUCAUGGACAAUGAACAAACUUGGCCAACCGAAGAAGAAUUAGCAGAAGCUGAUGAGCGUAUGCGUGCCAUGGGCCAUGAGAUGUUCGAGGAUCGUCCCCAAGCUACAAAGACCAAGCGUGUACCCAAGGGCACUUCACAAUAUCAGGCAGCAUGGAUUGUUGAUUCUGAAGAUGAGGAUUACAGUGAAGAUGAAGAAGAUGAGGAUGGUGAUAUGGAUAUGGUUGAAGAAGAUGAGGAGGAGGUCGUUCCUGCAGCCACCGAAUUCCCACGUGACGAUGAAGAAUCCGAACAGCUUGAGUUGGAAGGUCGUCAAGAAUACAAGGAUGAAUUGACUGCUGAAGAAGAAAGACAAGCUUAUGAAGAAUACAUGAAGCAACGUGAAAAGCAAUUUGAGGACAAUAAGGAAUUCCCUGAUGAAAUUGAUACUCCUAUUGAUCGACCUGCUCGUGAACGUUUUGCUCGUUAUCGUGGUCUUCAGUCAUUCCGCACUUCAGCUUGGGAUCCAUAUGAGAACUUGCCCAUUGAUUAUGCACGCAUCUUCCAGUUUGAAAAUUACAAGCGCACCAAGUGCAGAGUGGUUAGCCAAGCCAUUGUGGGUCAAGUAAAACCUGGUACCCGUAUCACGAUUUGGAUCAAGGAUGUUCCUCCACAAGCUUAUGCUGCCUAUGAUAAGCAGCGUCCCUACAUUGUAUUUGGUCUCUUGCAGUAUGAGCACAAGAUGUCGCUUCUCAACUUCCAGGUGCAACGUGACAAUGCCUAUGAGGAGCCUGUCAAGUCCAAGGACCCCAUGGUGCUUCAUGUUGGUUUCCGACGAUACGCUGUACGACCCAUUUAUUCCCAAAACACAAACAAGGGCACCAACCAUGUACACAAAUUUGAGCGAUUCUUGGAAAUGGGCAAGUCCGCUAUUGCUACCAUCUAUGGCCCCACGGUGUUUGGCAAGGUCCCUUGUCAGCUUUACAAGGAAACGGACAAUGUCAAUGAACCCAUUCUUGUCUCUAAGGGUGUUUUUGUCAACACGGAUGUCAAGCGUAUCAUUGCCAAGCGUAUCAUCCUCAGUGGUCAUCCUUACAAGAUUCACAAGCGAUCCGCUGUUAUUCGAUACAUGUUCUUCAAUCCAGAAGAUAUCAACUACUUCAAGCCUAUUCAACUUACUACGAAAUACGGUCGUGUUGGUCAUAUUCGCGAAUCUUUGGGUACACACGGCUAUAUGAAGUGUAUCUUUGAUGGGCCAAUAACACAACAAGACACCAUCCUCAUGAACCUUUACAAACGUGUCUAUCCAAAGUGGAACACCCAGAUCUGGCAAGGUGGCCUGGACAAGAGUCAAUAUGAAUCGGACAAGAUGACCGACUAA